GGGGCGGGCGGGGGAGUGGCCAAGGGCUGAUAGCUCACUGUAAAGAUCCAGUCUCAAACGCACAUCACAUCUGGAGUGUAAAGCUGCUCUCGUCUAGCGAUCUGACUUCUUUUCCUCCGCAGUCAUGCUGGUUUUACUCGCUGCCAUCUUCCUUCUCCACAUCGCCUGCAUCUGUCUGCUGCUGGCCGCCACCAGCCACAACGCCUGGUGGAUGACCGACAGCAUGUCCACUGAUAUCUGGUCUCGCUGGGUUCUGGUUAAUGGAAACUGGAACUACACCGAUAUUCCUGCUCACUAUCCUAAAGAGUAUCUUCAGGCGGUUCAAGCCAGUUCAGUGCUGGCCUGCAUCUUCUGCAUCCUGGGCCUGUUUGUGUUCGUCGCUCAGCUCUACACACUUCCUAAAGGAAAGCGCUUCCUGUUCACCGGAGCCUUCCAGCUGCUGGCCUGGCUGUGCAUCAUGAUCGCGGCCUCCAUCUACACAGACAUCUUCCACAGAGACAACGAACAGGGCUGGUACGGAGCCUCCUUCAUCCUGGCCUGGAUCUCCGUCUGCCUCACCUUCAUCUCCUGCAUCACCUACUUCAUCCUGCGCAAGAAGACGGCGUGAAGAACACACUCACUCUCACACACACACACACACACACACGCUGUCUCUGAUCUCAGAACUGCUCAGGUCGGUCUCCAGCGGCUCAAAGCCUCAUAUCUUACUCAUUAUAUCCAGCUGAAUGUAAUCUCAGAGACUCCGUGUCGUUGUAAAGGUCAUGUUUUCACUGUAGUCUGUCUCUAGUGGUUGGUUUGGGCUGUCUAACGCUCGUCCUUCUCUUGCGUUCUCUACUAACCUUCUGUUCUGCGUUUCCUGAAAGGAUCACGAGCUGAUCGUAACUCUGUCUGUGAUCAGUCUGCCAUGCUUUCGGAAACGCAGCCCUCAUCCUCCCAGCAGCGCACUGCAAAAAUAUCCUUACCGUUUCAACACGAGACACUAGUUUGAUUGUUAGGAUGUUGCUUUUUUUAAUGAAAUCCCUUCACAGUUCAGAAACCAACAAAGUGCACUGAGUUGGCAAUUAUCCUUUGUUUUAGUGAUCAAGUCUGUGCAUAAUUUAAAACACUCUGAAAGACAAAAGAUUUUUUUUUUUAAUAUAAAUGAGUGAAUGAAUGAAUGAA